UUUUUUUCUCGGAAUCUAAAAAAAAACGAGAGGAAAGAAAGGAGGAAAAGAGUGAGAAAAAUCGUUGCGGCUGGAAAAAUUCGAAUUUCUCUCCCGGCGAGGAGAUUCAAACGCCUUCUCUCCCCUUCCUCGCCGUGAAUCUCAGCAUUUUCCUUCAGUACCAGUCGCCAUUUUUUUUUCUUUUGCGUUGCUUCCACCCUCCAGAGCUUUAUCUAUUAGCUUUUCUCAGUUUCUUUAGGGUCCUCCUCCUCUCAACUACAAUCAUGGGAACUGGGCGUGAUCUCUGAGUUGGAAUGAACGUUAAUCUCGAACAGGACGCCAAUAUGAGUGGCGUCUAUGCUCCCUCCGAUGUAACUAGUUUUCUCAGCUUCGACGGGUCUGAAAGUCGUUCAAGCUUGGAUGGUAGUAAGAAAGGUCAUCAGAAUUUGGUGGAAUGGUUAAAUCAGACACUUCCUUAUUUGAAUUUACCAUCGGAAGCUUCGGAGGACGAAGUGAGAGCAUGCUUGAGGGAUGGAACUGUCUUGUGUAACCUUUUGAAUCAGCUUAGUCCUGGUUCAAUGAGAAUGGGAGGCAGCUUUGAGCCUGCUUAUGUUAGAAUUGAGCGGUUUCUGACUGCUAUGGAUGAAAUGGCCCUGCCCAGGUUCGAGGUUUCAGACAUAGAGCAGGGGGAUAUGCUGCCAGUUUUUCAGUCCCUUAAGGCGCUUAAAGCAAGUUUUUCCGAUGGUGGUAAUGAUAAAAACUCACUAGGUGCGAGGAGGAGAUGGAGCUUGCCAGAAGACCAUUCGGAUUCCAGAGGAGAUGACCGCAACUUUAUUGAUGGAUUCCAGUCGAAGGAAGGAUUUGAGAUUGAUACGUCAGAUGCUAAAAUUUCAGAAUUACUGAAAUCUGACAGUUUACGAAAUGCUCCUACUCGGACGCUGUUUGACAUGCUGGAUAAACUUCUAGAUGAGAGCGUGAAGAAGAUGAAUGGACAUGUGUCUCAUGCAAUGGCAUCACUCUUGAGCGCACUUGUGCAAGUGAUAGAACAGAGAAUCUCAAAUCAAGCUGAUAACCUGAAAAACCAAAAUAUACUCUUCAGGGUACGUGAAGAUAAAUACAGGUCAAGAAUAAAGGUCUUAGAAACCUUGGCAGCUGGGGCAACUCAGGAAAACGAGAUUGUUUCGAAUUGUAUGGAGCGUACAAAGCUUGAAAAAAGCAGAAUAGAAGAAAGAGAAAAGUCAGAAGAAAAAGAUGUGGUGCGUUUGAAAAAGGAAAAAGAGCGCAGUGAUGCUGAGAUUCGUAAGCUGAAGCAAGAACUCAAGGUGGUGAAAGAGGCGCAUGCAAACCAGUGCUUGGAGUUAGAAGCAAAAGCACAAAACAGUACAGUUGAGUUGGAGAGUAAAUUAAAGGAUGCAGAGUUACAAGUUGCCGAAUCAACUAGGAAGGUCAAAGAACUCGAGAAGUUGUACCUAUCUAAAUCUCAAAAAUGGGAGAACAGAGAGUCCACCUACCAAAGCUUCAUAGACAACCAGUUUGGUGCUCUGCAGGCUUUGAAUGCUACUUCAGUGUCUAUAAAGCAAGAAGUCUUAAGGACACAAAAGAAAUACUUUGAGGACCUAAAUUACUAUGGUUUAAAGCUCAAAGGAGUGGCUGAUGCAGCAAAAAAUUACCAUGUGGUCCUUGAAGAAAACCGAAGACUGUACAAUGAAGUGCAGGAAUUGAAAGGAAAUAUCAGAGUCUAUUGCCGGAUAAGACCAUUCCUUCCGGGGCAAAACAGUGGACAGACUUCUAUAGAGUACAUUGGUGAGAACGGUGAAUUGGUGGUUGCAAAUCCGUUUAAGCAAGGGAAAGAUACCCAUCGGUUGUUUAAGUUCAAUAAAGUUUUCGGUCAAGCAGCAACUCAAGAGGAGGUUUUCCUAGAUACUCGACCAUUAAUUCGAUCAAUUCUUGAUGGUUAUAAUGUGUGUAUAUUUGCGUAUGGUCAGACGGGAUCUGGAAAAACUUAUACAAUGAGUGGGCCAAGCAUCACUUCAAAAGAACACUGGGGUGUCAAUUACAGAGCUCUGAAUGACUUGUUUCACUUAACUCAGCUUAGACAAAACACUGUUGUGUAUGAAGUAGGUGUUCAAAUGGUUGAGAUAUACAAUGAGCAAGUUCGUGACAUACUUUCUGAUGGUGGUUCUAAUCGAAGAUUAGGGGUUUGGAAUACUGCCUUACCAAAUGGGUUAGCUGUCCCAGAUGCAAGCAUGCAUUCUGUGAGAUCAACUGAAGAUGUGCUUGAGCUGAUGAAUAUUGGGCUCAUGAACAGAACCGUUGGUGCCACAGCUCUCAAUGAAAGGAGUAGUAGAUCACACUGCGUUCUUUCUGUUCAUGUACGUGGUGUCGACGUGGAAACCGAUUCUGUUUUGCGUGGUAGUUUGCACUUGGUCGAUCUUGCUGGAAGUGAGAGGGUCGAUCGCUCGGAGGUAACUGGAGAGAGGCUCAAGGAGGCUCAGCAUAUAAAUAAAUCACUGUCAGCCCUUGGAGAUGUCAUAUUUGCUCUAGCGCAUAAGAACCCCCAUGUGCCGUAUAGAAACAGCAAAUUGACGCAAGUCCUUCAAAGUUCUUUGGGAGGACAGGCUAAGACUCUUAUGUUUGUUCAAGUCAAUCCUGAUGGAGAUUCUUAUGCUGAGACGGUUAGCACUCUGAAGUUCGCUGAAAGAGUUUCUGGUGUGGAAUUAGGUGCAGCUAAAAGUAAUAAAGAGGGACGAGAUGUUAGACACCUCAUGGAACAGGUAUCAAGCUUGAAGGAUGUUAUUGCCAAGAAAGAUGAAGAGCUUCAAAAUGUUCAGAAGCAAAAAAGUAACAGUACAACCGUGCCGAAACGUGGUUUAAGCAAUCUAAGAUUGUUGGGACCUUCAUCACCUAGAAGACACUCUAUAGGACCUUCACCAAAUGCUCGACGAGGAAAGGCACCUGGUUCUUUUGGGAGAGCAGCCUCAGAUUUUGACAACUGCUCAGAAUACAGUAGCAAGCAUUCUGAUUCCGGUUCACCGCGUUCAUCGGACGAACUUAAACAUCGAAAGGAUCUUCACCAGCUAUCUAAGUUUGCCGGUGGGUCAAAAGAAAUUGACAUUGAAGAUGACAUUGAACUCAUUGGCCUUGGGGAUGCAGAUUCUGAGGACAGAUUGAGUGAUAUCUCUGAUAGCUGUCUUUCGAUGGGAACAGAAACUGAUGGCUCCAUAUGCAGUGCAGUCGAGUUGACUCUUUUCCCUGAAACCGUGAAGCCUCUUGAAAUAACGGAAGAACCUGAACCACACUUGGUCCCUGAGAAGCUCGAGAAAUCAGCAAAGAUGGUGAAAACCGUGCCCAAAGACAACAGAACUAGUAUUCCAUCGAAGAUUCCGAAGCAGAUCUUGAAACCACCAGGCCAAACCACCAGACCUUCUCGUCUGUCAAUUGCCACUAGCUCCUCCUCGAAGACCUUAACAAGUGCUAAAAGACCGACGAUUAGCACUUCAACUUCAAUGAAACCACUCAACAGAAGGCGGUGAAGACUCACUCAAGGUUCAUCAGGACGGGGGGGAGGAAGAUGUGAGAAUGAAUCUGAGCUGUUGGUGUUUAGUAGCUAAUUGUGUAACUAAAAAGCAUACGAUGUCUGUUCUUCUUCUAUGUAAAACCUAAUUAACUAAAAAUACCAAGUGUUAACUUAAUGCCGUCCACGUAAGCUUUUGAGGUUUUCUAUAAGAUUUUGAUGUUUCUAUUA